AUGACGACCGCCCACAGACCCACGUUCGAUCCCGCACGCGGCAAAGAAGCCCAGCGCGGACCCGCCUACCACCAGCGUCUCCUGCCCGCACACACGACACUCAAGCACAGACAGGCAGGCCAGGGCGGAGAUGCCGACAACCACCAGCGCGACCUGCGCGCCGAACUGCUGGAAGCCGAGGCCCGUCACUACGCGAAGAAGAACGGCACGUACGUCGAGCCCGAGGCGGCCGCAGAUCCCAGCAGCGCCCCAAAGCGACAGAUCGAUGCGGUAGCAGCAGACGACGGCGACGAAGACGAAGCGGAUGCAAAGCGGCGGCGGAUAGAAAUGCUCGAGAAGUACAGGGACGUGGACGCCGAUGACAGCAGUGAAGAAGGCGAGAGCAGUGAAGAAGAUGACGACGACGACGAAGAAGAAGAAGACGAGUCUGAUGCGCUCAUGCGCGAACUGGAAAAGAUCAAGAAAGAGCGCGCCGAAGCCAAAGCCAAGGAAGAGAGAGAGCGCGCCGUUGAGGAGGAAGAGCAACGCGAGAUUGACGUUGCGCGCGGUAAUCCGUUACUCAACGCAAAAGACUUCACCAUGAAGCGCCGGUGGGAUGACGAUGUCGUCUUCAAGAACCAGGCGCGAGGCACCGAGGACAGGAACAAGAAGAAGGAGUUCAUCAACGACAUGCUGCGCUCCGACUUCCACAAGAAGUUCAUGUCCAAGUACGUACGAUGA